CGCGCGAGCAUAUGCUGGCCAUCCGGACCGGACGUGGACGUGAUCAGAGCCAGGGCGAUUAUUCAUUGAAUUUCCAAGACGCGGGUGCCGUACGCGUAUGUGCUGCGUCAUCACUUUGGCGCCUCGUCGGCCAGAAUCUUAGCCAAGAGAACGCGUCUUGAUAAUCUCGCGCAGGCUGCAUCCAUUCAUAACUUGACUCUUCUUGCGGUAACGCUUGCACCUUCGCCCCAAACCACACCCGCACGUGCUCGGACGUCUUCGUCAGGACACGCUCAUAACGCACGGCUCUCAGGCCCCUCAGCAUCCCUACAAAUUGCCUUGGACUAGGGGCUCCUCCUCCAUUGACGUUUCCUCCUCAAAACAUUUUCCUGACGUCGUCAUAUCAGCAUCGCUCGUGACAUGAAGCCCAUUAUACUGUACGACGUGCCGAGCAGGCUUCCGCACAAGUACUGGAGUCAAAACACGGCCAAAACCAGAUACUCCCUCUCGUUCAAAGGCCUCCCAUACGAGAUGGUCUGGGUCGAGUUCCCCGACAUCGAGUCCACCCUCUCCGCGCUGGGCGCCCCUAAAAGCACGCGCUCCGACGGAAGCUCGGCGCACACCGUGCCCGUCAUCCACGACCCCAACACCGGCGCGAUCGUCGCGGACUCGUUCGACAUCGCCGCGUACCUCGAGUCGACGUACCCGUACCCCGCGAACCGCAGCCUGUUCCCGAACGGGAGCAGGGCGCUAGUGUAUGCGUUUGGGAUCACGCUGGCGAAGGCGACCGAGGGCGCGGCGCGGUGGGCGGCGUUCAGAGUCGAGGAGGUGUUGAAUGAGGGGAGCCGGGAGUAUUUCGUGCGGACGAGGGAGAAGAGGUUCGGUGUGCGAUGGGCGGAGGUGUCGCCAGAGGGGAGCGAGGCUCGUGCAGCGCAGAAGAAGGCGCUUAAGAAAGGGCUGGACGUGCUGGAUGCGUGUUACCAGCGGAGCGAGGGCCCGUGGAUACAGGGUAUGAGCUUCUCGUAUGCGGAUGUCCUGGUUGGUGCGCAGAUGAUGUGGUACCGCGGGGUGCUGCGUCGGGAUGAGUGGGAGGAAGUGAGCGGUUGGAACGGCGGGCGGUGGGGGCGGGUACUGGAGGACGUCGAGAGGGAAUGUCAUUUUCUGUGAACUCUGAUCUACGCGUCGAGGUAGAUCUGUAAGGAUACCCUGCUUCAUAUUUAAAAUUUAUAGCACCC